UCUCGGAUUCACACGGAGUUUAACGAGUUGAACAAACUGGGAGCUGCUCUGUCCGGACCUCCGCGGCUUCACGGGUUUACAUUUACGUUGUUAAACGUUUUUUCCAUCUCGUUUUUUAAAUGCUGCGGGAUACGAAGAAGACCUGUGGAUAUCCACGUAAUAUAUCUUAGAAACCGGAGUAUCCCUGUGUGCCGCGCGGAGACCUGUGUGUGUGUGUGUUGCGGUGCGGAGCUGUUCACUCGGCGUGGGUUUAACUUUUGUUUUUGGGAAGUUUGUGAGCAGGCUGGUACUCGAGUUUUUCUUCUUGGUGUUUUUUUUUUGUUGUAAGCUUGGAGUCUGCGUUCAGCGUGAAAAGCAAAGUUAACCGAAGCGUGCUCAGAUUCCCUGAAGUUUUGUGUUUGUGUGUGUGUGUGUGGUUGCAGCUGUCUCCGCGUGAAGCCUAGAUAUAAAUAUAAACAACAACAACAACACGAUAUGGAUUACAGGCAGCAAACCCAGCUGGUAUACUUAAAUCUACACCGGAGUUAAAGCCUUUGAAUCCGAAUGAUUAUUCUUUCCAGCAUAAUCGACUCGGGUAUAAUCGUGAUCCUUGACCGACUCAAUGGCACCGAGUCGUAAACCGAGCCGAGUGGAAAACAAAGGAAGGAUCCCGGAGCGCGUCUCUGCACUGCUGCAUGUGAAGCACACAAAGCCCGCGCGCAUCCACGUCUAACCACCAGGCUUCCACUAUGACCUAAACACACUAUCGAGCAUCUUUGUUUUUUUCCCCAAAUAUAUUUAUAUACAAAUAUCUAGUGAGACAACGAGCUCGUUUAUAUGCGUGUGGGCGUGUGUGCGCAUAUAUAAAAAAAAAACCCUAACAUUGCAAGCAGCAACCCAGCAUUUGAAUGCUCCACUAACUUCACCCAGUUGGAAAUGUCGCUCAGCAGCUGGUGUGGGCUUUUCCUAGCUUUUGUCCUGCUCGAAUCUGCAAACUCUGCAGCCUCUAAUGAAUGUAAAUCCUACGAUGAACGCUCGAAAGUCGGAGGUCGGCCAGGGACAACGGACAGGAAGGUGGUGUGUAGCAACAUGGAGCUCCAGCAGGUGCUGCCUGUCACCUCUUUUCCCAACAGGACAGUCACACUAAAUCUAAGCACCAAUAAAAUUCAGGAACUCCUAAACGGCUCCUUCGUUGGUCUGUCCAUGCUUGAGAAGCUGGACAUAAAGAAUAACCUUAUCACCCGCAUCGAGCCAGGAGCAUUCCUCGGACUUACCGCUCUUAAAAGACUAGAUCUAUCCAAUAAUCGUAUUGGCUGCCUUAAUGUGGAUGUAUUCAAAGGCCUCACAAGUCUGGUUAAACUCAACCUUUCAGGAAACAUGUUUUCAUCUCUUUCUCAAGGAACCUUUGACAGCCUUGUCUCACUGAAAUCACUGGAGUUUCAAACCCCUUAUCUACUGUGUGACUGUAACCAACAAUGGCUGGUGCGCUGGAUUAAAGAAAAGGGUAUAGCAGUGAAGGACACACAGUGCUCCUACCCUCGCUCACUACAGGGCAAGCUCAUAAGCACCAUCAAACCUGAACUGUUCACCUGCGAUUCACCUCUGGAGCUUCCGUCUUUCCAAAUGACUCCUUCGCAACAUCAGGUAGUUUUCCAAGGAGACAGCCUGCCUUUCCAGUGCAUGGCCUCAUUUGUGGAUGAGGACAUGCAGGUCCUCUGGUAUCAGGAUGGCAAGAUGGUGGAGUCGGAUGCCACGCAGGGAAUCUCUAUAGAGAAGAGCAUGGUGCAGAACUGCUCCCUUAUUGCCAGUGCUCUGACCAUCUCAAACAUCCAGCCUGGCUUCACGGGAGACUGGGAGUGUCGAGUGCGCACUAGCCGAGGCAACAACACGCGCACGGUGCACAUUGUUGUUUUGGAGAGCUCUGCCAAGUAUUGCACUCCUGAAAGGGUGUCCAACAAUAAAGGAGAUUACAGAUGGCCUCGCACACUGGCAGGCAUCAUGGCGUACCUACCAUGUGCACGACAGGUAACAGGCGCAGGCAUCUAUUCUGGCAGCUCAGGCGAAGACCGGCGUGCCAGGAGACGAUGCGACCGCAGUGGGCACUGGGCUGAGGAGGAUUACUCCCGCUGCGAGUACACAAAAGAUACCACUCGUGUGCUUCACAUUAUCAACCAGAUGGCACUGAACCUGACAAAUGCAGUGCACACAGCACAGCAGCUUCUGGCUUACACAGUAGAAGCCCCUAACUUCUCAGACAAGGUGGAUGUGAUCUUUGUGGCUGAGAUGAUUGAGAAAAUUGGCACAUUUGCUGAGAAAUAUAAAGAGUUAGGGAAUGUGAUGGUGGAUAUCGCCAGUAAUCUGAUGCUGACUGAUGAGCGAGUAUUAUGGAUGGCACAGAAGGAGGCCCGAGCUUGCUCACGCAUCAUCGAGAGUCUGCAAAGAAUCGCAGUUCUCCGACUGGCUAGUGGACCAUACUACACUAAUUCGCACAACAUUGCCGUGGAGGCACAUGUGAUUAAGGCCAGCAGCUUUAAUGGCAUGACCUGCACACUCUUCCAGAAGGUGGCACCAGAGCGUGCUAUGAUUCCCCACCUGGGAAAUUUAAACCCAGACAUUAACCUGGACCGGCAGCUCAGCUUCAAAUGCAACGUCACCAGCAAUCUCUCUGCUCUGGCUCUAAAGAACACUAUAGUGGAGGCAUCGGUUCAGCUGCCUCCCUCUCUCUUCUCCUCUCUGCUGAGCUCUGGUCAUGCUGAUGAUGGCAUUUAUAAGCUGCAGUUGCUGGCUUUCCGCAAUGGCAAGCUUUUCCCCUUUACAGGCAACUCAACCAAGAGAAGAAGCGUAGUCACUCCUGUCAUCCUCACCAAGAUUGAGGGCAUUUCUCUUCAAUCUCUACGCAGUCGGUUGAAUGUGACCCUGCGGCACUUCAUGCAGGGCUCGGACCCAAUGGCUGCACGCUGGGACUUCACUGCUCAGGAGGGCCAGGGCACCUGGCAGUCAGACGGGUGCAGCAUCCUCCAGCAUGAUGCCAACUUCACCACACUGUCAUGUGACUCGCUUAGCAGCUAUGCUCUUCUAAUGGAUCUGACUAGGACUGAGCCCACUAUACACAGCUUUAAGCCUCUUUACCCAGUCAUCUACGUUGCAGCUAUUAUCCUCAGUCUUUGCUUGCUGGGCAUCAUCAUCAGCUACAUUUAUCAUCACAAGUCUGUGUGCAUUAGCAAGAAAUGUUGGCACAUGCUGAUUAACCUGUGCCUGCAUGUCCUCCUUACAUGUGCUGCAUUCGCCGGGGGCAUUAACCAGACUUCCUAUGCCAGUGUGUGCCAAGCGGUGGGCAUAGUGCUGCAUUACUCUACACUGGCUACAGCCUUGUGGUCAGGUGUGACGGCUCGGAACAUCUACAAGCAGGUCACACGCAAGACUAAGCAAUACGAAGAGCUGGACGAGCCUCCUCCCCCACCCAGACCCAUGCUGAGGUUCUACUUAAUAGGUGGAGGAAUUCCCAUAAUUGUUUGUGGCAUAACUGCAGCUGCUAACAUAAAAAACUAUGGAGGUCGGCCAGAUGCACCUUACUGUUGGAUGGCAUGGGAGCCUAGCUUGGGUGCAUUCUAUGGUCCAGUAGCCUUCAUCAUCUUCGUAGACUGCAUGUACUUCCUGAGUAUUCUUCUUCAGCUUCGUCGUCACCCAGAAAGACGCUUUGAGCUUAAAGAACAGCCAGAGGAACAGCAAAGGCUUUCUGUUUCUGAGGUUGCUGGCGGUCCCUCUUCUCAAGCAGAGUCAUCUAUGCCAGUAUCUCUGUCAGCACUUGAGAAUGAACAUACGUUCUUAGCUCAGCUGGUUGGAGUGGCUGGAGCCUUAGGACUCUACACACUACUGUGGCUGUUUGGUGCGUUGGCUGUUUCUCAGGAGCGGCCAUUGGAUUUGAUCUUCUCCUGCCUUUUUGGCGUGGCUGCUUUGGCCCUUGGAGCCUUCCUUAUAGGCCAUCACUGUGUUACAAGGCAAGACAUGCGCCGCCACUGGGCACAGGCCUGCUGCCUUGGACACCAGAGAUAUGCAAUGCAGGUUGAUGCCCUCCUGGCACCAAUGACUGGGGUUUCUGGGGAUGAGUCAACUAAUACAGGUAAUGGUGAGGUAGCACGUUGCCACAUUAGUGGAACAGAGUCAUCUUGUACCAAUAAGAGUGCCCCAAGUGUGCGCAACUCCACCCAAGGGUGCAAGCUGACCAACCUGCAAGUUGAAGCAGCUCAGUGCAAAGCAAUUCCUGCAACCAAUGGCACUGCUCUAUUGGACAACAGCUUAACUGAGCACUCAUUGGAUAAUGAGAUCAAGAUGCAUGUUGCUCCAGUUGAAGUCCAGUAUCGCCCCAAUAUCAGCAGCAAUGGACUCCCUGCAAUGGGUGGUACCAACAGCAACAUCAACGGACACGCUGGGAGGCAUCACAAGAAUCGAGCAAGAGCUCACCGAGCGAGUCGUCUCACUGUUCUGCGGGAGUAUGCCUAUGAUGUGCCCACCAGUGUGGAGGGCAGCGAGCAUAGCGCCCCCCAAAGACGCCACCACCAUGAAAGCCUACAUGCCCGCAACAGCCGUCGUGCUGCAUACCUGGCGUAUCGCGAGCGACAACAGAGCCAGCUCCAGCAGGACAGCAGCGACGCAAGUGCCAGCCUCCCCCGUCGUCCCCGCCAGUUUGACAGGGGUGCCAACAAAGGCACAGGCUCCAGCAUAAGCAACGGUCGUCUUCGGAACAGUCUGGGAAGCGGCCUUGGUAGUGGGUCAAUUAAAAGUCAAAGCCAUGGAGUUAGUAAUGGGUGUGUAGUCGGGGAUGAAGCUGAGGCUGAAUUGCUAAGCUCAGUCAAAGAUUGUCCAAAGCAGCCUAAGCAGCCGCUCCCCGUCGAACUGGAAGUUCAGCCAAAGUCAUAUGGGCUGAACUUGGCAUCAGAGAAUGGACUUGCUAAAAGCUCAGAGAGGCAACAGAACCUGUCGCCUCUUAAUACAGACAGCUCAGCUACCAUAAAGACUGGUUUGUGGAAACAUGAAACUACAGUGUAGUAAAACUUCCAACCUCAGAGACUGAUAUUUACUCUCUUUCUGUCUAACUGUGAACCUUCUUUUUAUUUUAAUUUUACGUUGUUAUUUUAAAUGUUUGGAAAAAAGGUUUUAUAAAUUAGUUGUUUAAAAGAAGUCACGUCUUAGAAUACCACUUGCUAAUUGUAAUAGACGAUCUAUAAAUGAUCUAUUUUUAUAUCAUCUAUUUCUUUUUCAAAUGUGCACAUAAUUGAUUUUUGUAUGUUAAAGUAAGUGCACAAUUUGUGGGCAUAGAUAGGGUUGGUAUUCUGUUUGGACCUUUUCUGGCAGUUGCAAAAAUGCAUUUUGCGAAAUUAAAAAAAA